AUGUAUCGGAGACGCAGCUUCAAACACAAAUCAAAGUCUCAGAGCAGCCUGGUGGAUGCUACUGAAUCUACUAACCAAACAGCCAAAUCUACAGUCUCUAAGAGCUCUAGUAAAGGGGACACAGAAAAACAAAAACGAGAGCAGAUGAAGUCCCUUGAAAGCGCUAUGUCACAGACUGAUACAGUACAGACAGCCACGGCACCACCUGCAGAAAAGCCCACCCUGGCUUAUUCCCGGAAGCCUGAGUCUAUUUCUAUGAAAACCCAGCUCAUCAACAAACUCCCAGCCUCCUUUGUUGGCGAUUUCUCCAUGAUUGAUCAUGUGUGUCCUCGCCAUAGCACAAUAAAGACACGGGAAACCGUUAAUGGCAAUCGGCUUCCUCUCAUUGUAACAGUUAUUCAGAGAACUAACUUGCCUCCGUUAUCUAAAUAUUCAUCACCCAUCAAACAGCAUCCACCGCCUUUCCAUGCCAUGCUUGAUUUCAACAAUGACAAAAGCCAGGUGACUGAUCAUGUGCUCAAAAGAGACAAGCCGGCUAUAUCGAGAAGUCUGGUACCUUCUAUGGGAACAAAAUCAUACAGCUUUGGAACCACUGUAGAUAAACAGAAAAGCCCUGAAGUGUCUAGUUCAACCCUUGAUCUACAGCUCAGUCUCAGCCCAAAGACCCGCAUGACCAACAGAUUCCACCCGGAGUCGGUCAUCACUCUCGUGACUUCAGAAUUGUUCGAUAACAUCUUGCCAAAACCAAAGAAACACAAAUCAGACUCUAUGAAGUUAUUACCAAAAGUCAGGAGGUCAGAUUCCCUCAUCACAGCCACUCCAGAGGACGCAUCCGAAGAGACACAUCCGAAGGUUGGCAAAGAUUAA